AUGGCUGUAGCAAUGAAGAUGUCACCCCUACCAAACAACAGUCACGAGAAGGAGGAGCAGCAGCAUGCACUUGAAUUUUCGUACAUGUACGGCUAUCCGUUGCUUGAGUAUGCGAAAUAUGUUGCAUGUUAUCCAAAAGCGUCAACCAACACGCUCUAUCACGACCGGAGGCUCUCGACAUCGGACGAUCUCAAAGUCAUUCGACCUAAUGUCGACACCUUGUACUCGACAAUAUUCAUAGAUGUUUCCUCGCACGAUCUAGAAGUCACCGUUCCUUCUAUCCCUGAUCGAUAUUGGGUGUUCCCGUUCUAUGAUCCGUACGCAAAGCCUCACGCCAUCCAAGCCAGAUUUUUACCAAUUGCUAAUUUAGGUGAUUCUUCUAGAUAUGGCAACAACAUUGCCAACAUCGGCAGCCUUCAAGGCCAUAAACCGGGAAAAUAUCUCUUUCGCCUCGCCAGCAAAGAUUUCGGCUUCUUUAGCGGACCUCCCCCGGAGGAAGCCGGCCAUCAUUGCAAUUAUCUAGGCUAUAUCAACUUCCCUACCGCCUAUGGCAUGGGUCUUAUUCGUAUCGCCUCAACGCCGGCCACUGAAGACCAGAAAAUAGUCAACGUAUAUCAAGACCAGAUCCACGUGACUCCAGUCAAGCGCCUGGAUCUACAGCCCGUCGCUCCGGCUUUGGAUCUCUCUCUGCUCAUAACACCAGCGUAUCGCGUAUCGGGCGAAAACUCUGCGGCACAUGUGGUUUUGGCUUUAACCGCAGCGUUCGCAGCUCACAAUCAAUCCGCGGUCAUUCAAGACCGGCCUUGGAUCGCUGACCUCCUUGCUAAGAGUGGCAUUGAACAAGGCAUCUCUGGAAAGACAGACCUUUCACAAAUUCAUGAAUAUGCCGAAGCUCAAGCAGUUAAACUUGCCCGGUCUCCUAAUGGUAGGCGGGAAUAUGGUAACGGCUGGAGUGAACUCUUCCCGGGUUGCAAAGGCAACUUUAAUUCCUUUUACCAGGCGAGGUAUGCAGUUGGGAAAAAGGGCUAUUUGGCACUCACUAAAGACCAAGCACUUUACCCGUCUCUCGCCGCCCCUCUGAUAAUUGGAGCUAAUGAAGCAGUCCUUCUCCGCUUUUCACGUCGACCGGCUCUAGUCCCUAGCGGAUUCUGGAGCCUCACAGCGUACAAUUCCGAACAGUACCUUGUCCCUAACAGGAUAAACAGGUACUGUCUUGGAGACCGCGAUGAUAUGAGAUUUGCCGAUGGCAGUUCACUGGCCGAUCAUACCAAGGAUGGCGAAUUUCAUAUCCUGUUACAGCCGGCGGACCUUCCCCCACCGUGGGGAUGGUUGAAUAACUGGCUACCGGCACCGGCAGGAGGAGGAAAGUUGUCCAUCACGAUGAGAUGGUACGGCGCCAUGGAGGAGAUGAUGAGCGGAUCGUACGAGUGUCCUAAGAUUGAACACAUCAGUGCUAUCACAGGGUCGCCUGUAUCGAGGAUGUAA